AUGGACACAGUGACGACACCAGGGACACCCCUGUCCCUCUCUGGUCAGUACUGGCCGUGUCUCCACGUCACCGCCGCCCAGGGCCGUGCCAGGCUCAGCGUGCCCGGCAACUGGCCCAGCACCCACAGCGCCCUCGCUGCGGCUACACGGGGCCGGCACAACCGGGGUGUGAUACGGGGAGUGGGCGGGGCGGUGGGCGUGUCCCGCGGGCGGGGGCGUGGCCGUAUAGAAGGGGCGGCGGCGGCGCGCCCCGGCAGUCGCGGCGGGGCCAUGAACGGGCUGAAGGGCUGGUGCGCGGUGCUGGACGUGCGGCCCCACGGCGAGAGCCCGGAGAGCGUGAAGGUGCUGCGGCUGACUCUGCCGAAUGACCUCCCAGGCGACAGGCGCGAGCAGGCGAAGCAGAAGCCGGUGGGAAAAGCCUUCGCCAUGGUGGCCAACAGAUCCAGCAAUGGUCACUCCCUGGCCUCCGAAUGCAUCAAAUCCAACGAUGGCGAUGAGGAGAUCAUCAAGGUUUAUCUCAAGGCGCGGGCCGAGGGCAGCAUGAACCACGAGGAGCACGUCAACCAGCUGAAAAGUGAAGUUCGUUACAUUCAAGAGGCUAGAAGUUCUUUGAAGAAGCUGCGGGAAGACUUAAGUAGUAAACUUGAGAACAGACAAGGAGAUAAACAGCAUGCACAGGUCAUGCUGGAAAAGCAGAACGGGAGCUGGCUGUACCCCGAGAGGCUGCGUGCCGAUUCCUGGGAGGAGCAGGAGGAGGACUGCUCAGGUGAAGACGUGGAAAAGAUCCGACAGACGGCAAAGAGGCUGUUCACAAAGCUGCAGGAGGCUGAAAAGCGCCAUCAGUUGGAAAAGAAAGCCUUUGAGAGGACGGUCUCGCAGUACCAGGAGGAAGUGGAGCAGACGAGCUCUGCCCUGCGGAGAGCGGAGAAGAGCGUGGUGGAGAAGGAGGUGCAGGUGGAUGAGCUGCAGAGACUCCUGGCAGGGAUGGAGAAGGAGCACAGGAGUUUGCUGCUGAAGAUGAAAGAAGGCGAAGCAGAGUUGGCGAGGCUGAGAAGCGUGGAAGGUGACAAGCUCGCCGAACAAGACCGGUCAGCCCAGCUGGAGAAGGAGGUGGCCAUGCUGCGGGAGAAGAUACACCAUCUGGACGACAUGCUGAAAAGCCAGCAGCGCAAAGUCCGCCAGAUGAUUGAGCAGCUCCAGAACUCCAAAACGGUGAUUCAGGCCAAAGAUGCCAUGAUCCAGGAGCUCAAGGAGAGAGUCGCUUACUUGGAGGCUGAGAACCUGGAGAUGCACGACCGCAUAGAGCACUUGAUUGAGAAGCAAGUCAGUCGGGGCGGCCACAGCUCCAGAGCGCGCUCGAAGUCGGAGUACGUGAGCAGCAAAAGGCUGACGGGCCCCAAGCCACUGCCUCUCAUUCGAGUAGUGGAAACAUGAGU